AUGCUGAGCCGGCUUCAGGAGCUUCGCAAGGAGGAGGAGACGCUGCUUCGGCUAAAGGCGGCUCUGCACGACCAGCUCAAUCGACUUAAGGUUGAAGAGUUGGCCCUUCAAUCAAUGAUUAAUUCUAGAGGAGAUGAGAUGAUGUCUUCUCAGUCUGUACCAGAACAGCCACAAGAAAUGUUGGUGCAUGUAGACAAUGAAGCAUCCAUCAACCAAACUUCACUGGAGUUGAGCACAAGGAGCCAUGCUCUGGAAGAGGAGGAGGAAGAGGAAGAAGAGUCUGAUUCCUGA